AUGCCGCGGAAGGCCGCUGCGAAGAAGGAGGAGCCAUCGUCUGAUGAGGCGUCGGUGCAUUCAGACGUCGAGAUGCAGGACCAGCAAGACGACACGAUGAGUGGCUUCAAGAAGUUCGGCGCACAGUACAACGUUGAUACACCCGAUUACACAGACUCUGACACCAACCCCAACACCACAGCAAACAGCGUCGCAGGUGACAACGCGCCAGUCGACGGGCGAAAGCGACGCGCCGAAGAGAUGAAUAUGCGAAAAAGCAUGUAUGGCAAGAAGGCUGAGGGUCUGAGGGCAUCCAAGGAAGACGAUACGAUUCGCCGCUUUCGAUACCUCCUCGGUCUGACUGAUCUGUUCCGCCACUUCAUCGACACGAACCCCAACCCGCGCAUAAAGGAGAUUCUCGCCGAGAUCGAUCGCCAGGAUGCCGAAGAGACCAAGCGAUCCAAGGCGAGCAAGGUGCGGAAAGGCGGCGCCGCUGCGGAGCGACGCAGAAAGACUGAGCAGGAGGAGGAUGCUGAGCUGGUGCGCGAAGAGAAGCAUGGUGGGCACAACGAGACUGUCUUCCGGGAGUCACCAGGCUUCAUUAAAGGAGGUACCAUGCGCGACUACCAGGUCGCUGGUCUCAAUUGGCUCAUCUCUCUGCACGAGAACGGUAUUUCUGGUAUCCUUGCCGACGAGAUGGGUCUCGGAAAGACUCUGCAGACCAUCUCCUUCAUCGGUUACCUGCGUUAUAUUGCCGGCAUUCACGGUCCCCACCUGGUCGCAGUGCCCAAGUCGACACUCGAUAACUGGAAGCGCGAAUUCGCCAAGUGGUGCCCCGACGUCAACGUAUUGGUCCUUCAGGGUAACAAGGAUGAUCGUGCCGAGCUCAUCAAGGAGCGCCUGGUGCCGGAUGGCUUCGACGUCUGCAUCACCUCCUACGAGAUGAUCUUGCGCGAGAAAUCACACUUGAAGAAGUUCGCAUGGGAAUACAUCAUCAUCGACGAAGCCCAUCGUAUCAAGAACGAGGAGUCAUCGCUUGCACAGAUGGUUCGUGUCUUCAACUCCCGAAGCCGGCUGCUCAUCACUGGUACCCCUCUCCAGAACAACCUCCACGAACUCUGGGCCCUACUCAACUUCCUGCUCCCCGACGUCUUCGGAGACUCUGCCGCCUUCGAUGAUUGGUUCUCACAGCAGAACGCUGACUCUGACGCCGUCGUCAAGCAACUUCACAAGGUCCUCCGACCCUUUUUGCUCCGACGUGUCAAGGCCGAUGUCGAAAAGUCGCUGUUGCCCAAGAAGGAGAUCAACCUCUACGUGGGCAUGUCCGACAUGCAAGUUCAAUGGUACAAGAAGAUUCUCGAGAAGGACAUUGACGCAGUUAAUGGCGGUGCUGGCAACAAGGAGUCCAAGACUCGUCUCCUCAACAUCGUCAUGCAGCUGCGAAAGUGCUGCAACCACCCUUACCUAUUCGAAGGCGCCGAGCCUGGUCCGCCAUACACUACCGAUGAACAUCUCGUUACCAACGCUGCCAAAAUGGUCAUGCUGGACAAACUACUCAAGCGCAUGAAGGCACAGGGUAGUCGAGUGCUUAUCUUCUCACAGAUGAGUCGUGUGUUAGACAUUAUGGAGGACUAUUCAGUCAUGCGAGAUUACAAGUACUGCCGUAUCGACGGUUCAACCGCCCACGAGGAUCGUAUUCAGGCCAUCGACGACUACAACAAGGAAGGCUCGGAGAAGUUCCUGUUCCUCCUCACCACCCGUGCUGGUGGACUGGGUAUCAACCUGACUUCCGCUGAUAUCGUGGUUCUCUUCGACAGCGAUUGGAAUCCACAAGCCGAUCUCCAGGCUAUGGACCGUGCUCAUCGUAUCGGUCAGACCAAGCAGGUAUACGUCUUCCGCUUCGUGACCGAGAUGGCCAUUGAAGAGAAAGUCCUAGAACGUGCUGCGCAGAAGCUACGUCUCGAUCAACUAGUCAUCCAGCAAGGUCGCUCACAACAGCCUGUCAAGAACGCCGCAUCCAAGGACGAGCUUCUGACCAUGAUCCAGCAUGGUGCCGAGAAAGUAUUCGCAAGCAAGGGUCCCGUCGGUCCAGCGGCUGAUGGCGAACUCGCGGAUGACGAUUUCGAGGCUGUCAUGCGCCGCGGUGAAGAGAUGACGGAGAAGCUUAACAAGAGAUAUGAGACUCUCGGUCUAGACGAUCUUCAGAAGUUCACCUCGGACUCAACAUACGAGUGGAACGGCGAGACGUUCCAGCCCCGCAAGAAAGAGAUCGGUAUCUCGUGGAUCAACCCUUCGAAGCGCGAGCGCAAGGAGCAAAACUACGGCAUCGAUUCAUAUUACCGCAAGACGCUGGUCACUGGCGGACGAACAGAGAACAAGCAGCCUAGGAUACCUCGUGCGCCCAAGCAGAUCACCAUCCACGACUACCAAUUCUUCCCUCCGCGCCUAUCCGAGCUUCAAGACAAGGAGACCGCAUGGUACCGCAAGGAAAACAACCUGAAAGCCCCUCUCCCGGAUGGUCCGGAUGAGGACCUUGAGGCGCGUGAGGCCGAUCAACAACUUGCGCAGCAGGAGAUUGAUGACGCGGAGCCGCUGACAGAAGAGGAAAAGGCUGAGAAGGAACGUUUGAUCGAGCAGGGUUUCCCCGAAUGGAACAAGCGUGACUUCCAACAGUUCCUAAACGGUAGCGCCAAGUACGGUCGGCAAAACUACGAGGGUAUUUCUGAAGAAGUCGACGGGAAAGAUGCCGAAGAGAUCAAAGCCUACGCCAAGGUCUUUUGGAAGAAGUAUAAGACACUGGACAACUGGCAGAAGCACCUCGGCGUCAUCGAAGAAGGUGAACUCCGUGUGCGACAGUCGGAAGAGAAGAAACGUCUCAUCGCGAAGAAGAUUGGCAUGUAUCGUAUGCCACUUCAGCAGAUGCAGAUCAAGUAUACUGUCUCGACCACAAACAAAAAGGUCUACACGGAGGAAGAAGACAAGUUCCUCGUCGUCAUGCUACACAAGCACGGUGUUGAAGGUGAGUACAUCUACGAGAAGAUCCGCGACGAGAUCCGCGAAUCGCCCCUCUUCCGCUUCGAUUGGUUCUUCCUUUCCCGUACCCCACAGGAGAUUGGUCGACGCUGCACCACGCUUAUUUCAGCAAUCGUCCGUGAGCUCGGUGAGGGCGAUGUCAAGAAUAAGAAUGGGAAGCGUGGGUUUGAAGAAGAGGAGACGGAGGAAGAGGAAGAGGAGCAGCCGAAGAAGAAGCAGGCCAAGAAUGGUGUCAAGAACAAGCAGCUCGACACGGUCAAGGGCAAGGCAUCACCGGCUUCAGCGACACCAUCGAGGGCGAGUAGUGUUGCUACCAAUGGCUCGGCAACCAAGAGCAAGGGUAAGGGCAAGAAGAAGUAG